AUGGCCAUCGAGUAUGAAUGUGUGAAUCCCCGGCUGUCCCGGACCUUCCCGUCUCCAACAAACCUCAGCAGCUGCUCCCCGGGACGGGCCCCAGCCCCUGAGCGGAGCGCACAAGCACACUGCAGCCCGACACACGCUGCCCGGAGAGAGCCGUGUGAGACAGAACCAUGGCCACCGCCGCUGCAGCCACCCCGGGCAGGGUCAGGGUGGAAGCCAGCGCCAGCGAACUGCCGCGCUGCCUCGGCAAGUUCCUGUAUCGCCGCCCGCUACCGCGCUCAGCAGCAGCAGCCAAGCAGCGGCCAGAGGCGCGAGGUCAACACCCAGGAGCAGGUCCCUGAGGAAGGACCACCACCUCCGGCGCCCCAGCAAACAACGAGAUCGAGAGACCCGCGCCGGCGGAAGCAGCAGCGGGACCCCAGCGGGAACCACUCAGAAGGCAGGAAGGACCCGGAAUCGAAAGAGGCACCGGGAAAAACAAAGACAAGCAGAGCAGGAGGUAUGCAAAAACCGGGGCUAUGGAGCGUGAGCGGAGAAGAGGAUCCCACAGAAUCCCUGGGGGGCUCCGGGAAAGGUCCGAGGGAGGAAAGAGCCCAAGCGGGACCGUCGGCGAAGGAGGGAGCGAGCGGAAGCCCAGCGGCAGCAGCACGAGAGAAACCCAGGAACAGAGGGACCCGAGAGACAAACGGAGUGGGGCAGACACAAAGCUGCCGACUUCAGCAGUAG